UUUGACUAGGCCUAUACCUUCUCUUCCGGUUACAUAUAUAUAUUUUUUUUAAGGUUUUCGUCUCCUGUUUUUUCACUUCCAUCCUUCUCUCCCUCUUCCAAGUUUGCAAGAGAGAAAGAAUAAGAUGUCUACUUUGGCUGUCCUAUCUGCGUUAUUUCUCCUUCUUCAAUGUCCUCUCUUAUCCCUCUCAACCAACUCUGAAGGAAAAGCUCUUAAUGCUUUGAGAAGAAGACUUUCUGACCCCAACAACGUGCUACAGAGCUGGGACCCAACUCUCGUUAAUUCUUGUACUUGGUUUCAUGUUACCUGCGACUCCAACAAUCACGUCAUUCGCUUAGACUUGGGCAAUUCUAACAUCUCUGGAACCUUGGGCCCAGAACUUGGCCAGCUACCCCACCUUCAAUACCUGGAGCUCUAUAGGAAUAACAUAAGUGGCAAGAUUCCUGAAGAAAUUGGUAACUUAAAGAACCUUAUUAGUAUGGAUUUGUAUGAUAACCAAUUAGAAGGGAACAUCCCAAAGUCAUUUGGCAAGUUGAAGUCACUUAAAUACCUACGAUUAAACAACAACAAGCUCACAGGAUCAAUCCCAAGAGAGCUCAUUCAUCUUAAAAAUCUCAAAAUCUUUGAUGUUUCUAAUAAUGACCUCUGUGGAACAAUACCAGUAGAAGGCAACUUUGAAUCCUUCCCAAUGGAAAGUUUUGAGAAUAACAAAUUCAGCGGCCCAGAACUGAAAGGACUGGUUCCUUAUGAUUUUGGAUGCUGAAGAAUGGUAGAAUUCGUCAUUUCAUUACUCUUGCCUUCUUAACUUGGGCAGCAAGUGGUAUUUGCCACAAUUCGAAUGUCGAUAGAUAAAAUGAAUUUAUCAUCGGUGACAUGCCUCGUCAUUAAAAUACAUGCUUGUUAUAAUACUAAUAGUUUAUUUGCAAUCCCUCCAUGUUAUCUUGCAACUAAGUCAAAAUUCUUCAGAAUGAUUUAUUUCGCAAAAUCCUACCAAUUA